UCUUCUUCUGGUCUUCAAAGCACUCACUCACUCGGCGAAGGAGGUGGCUUUGUGUCAAUCAACACACACAUCCUCGCUUCUCCUCGCGACUAUCGAAGAAGCUCUUGGCGGCCAUUGUGCAAUGUUAUUAUUGUCUACGGCGAUGGCGAUGGCGAUGGCGCCAGGUUCACUCAGAUCGGAAGCCAACCUGGCCUGACUGGAGCACCGUAAGAUUUCCCUUGUAACGUCGCAGGUCGGUGGUCGACCUGAGGAAGUGGAAAUCAUUCAAUCCUUUGCUAGGAAGGAAGGAAGGAAGGAAGGAUGUGGUGCAGGAGGCGUGGAAUUUUGAGCCAUUGGUGGUAAGGGAUGAGCGAGCGUGGGGAAGAGUGGCGAGGACGCUAUGGCGGUCUAGCCAUGGGGGUGAAUGCCGCGCGGCGCUUGUGGUGGAUGAUAGGGAGUGAAUCUGGCAGCGCGAGGCGAUGGCGCGGGGAGAAGGAGAAGGAGAAGAGGAUGGGAGGAGUGGUCGCAGGGGUAGGAUUGGGCUCAGUGGGGUUUGCCGGGAUGAGUUCCCGGCGAGUGGCGGGUAUGUGGUCGGCGCUGCUUCUCAUCGGGUUGUCUCUGGUGAUGAUAUUGAACAAUGUGAGCUUGAUUGGGCAGCAUGUGGAGGGGAGCGUGAGAGAGAGCGGGGACGCGGCGAAUCUGCUGCGAAGUGAGAUAGGGAAGCGCGUCAAGGUGAUGGUGUUGCCGGAGGUCGGACGGAAGGUGUUGAAUCCGCAUCCGUGUGAUGGAUAUACGGUGCCCCCACCCCCGGCGGAUCCCAAGCGGACAGGCCCGCGACCGUGUCCUGUUUGUUAUUUGGAUGAGGAGGGUGCCUUGUCGCAGUUGCCGGUGGAGGGGAAGUAUGAUUCGCCUGUGUUGAAGCGCUUGAGCUUCAUGAGCGAUCCAGCAGCUGCCAAGCGACCCUCGUCUGGGGCGCCCGGGUCAGCGUUCGGAGGUUACCCUAGCUUGGAGGAACGGGCUGCGAGUUUUGACGUGCGGGAGGAGAUGAAAGUGCACUGUGGCUUUGUGAAGGGGCCGACGCCAGGGCUAGGAACGGGAUACGAUAUUGACGAGGAGAAUCGGGAGGCCAUGCUCGCUUGUCGGGGAGUUGUGGUGGCAUCAGCAAUAUUUGGGAAUUACGAUCAGUUGCAACAACCGAAAAACAUCACCGAUGAGUCUAAGAGGUCGGUGUGUUUCUUCAUGUUCGUGGAUGAGGAGACCGAAGCAUCGCUUAAUGAUUACGAUAAUUUCAAGAGCUCCAAGCAAGUAGGGUUGUGGCGUGUCGUUGUUGUGCACAAUCUACCGUACAGAGAUGCUCGUCGGACUGGCAAAAUUCCCAAGUUGUUGCUACACAGGCUGUUUCCGAAUGUGCGCUUCUCUAUCUGGGUUGACGGGAAGUUGGAGCUAGUGCAAGAUCCUUAUAAAAUUCUAGAGAGGUUUCUAUGGCGCACCAAUGAGACCUUUGCCAUCUCUCAGCAUUACAAGAGAUUUGACGUGUUCAUGGAAGCUGAAGCCAACAAAGCUGCUGCCAAAUACAACAACAAGUCUAUUGAUUCGCAAAUAGACUUUUACAAGAAAGAAGGGCUAACUCCAUACUCCGCCGCGAAGCUUCCCAUCACGAGCGAUGUUCCUGAGGGAUGCGUAAUCAUUCGUGAGCAUACUCCAAUUGCCAAUCUGAUGUCAUGCCUCUGGUUUAACGAGGUAGAUCGAUUUACGUCCCGGGAUCAGCUUAGCUUUGGUAUUGUCCGUGACAAGCUAAUGGCUGCUGUGCCGUGGCGGGUUAGCAUGUUCAAGGAUUGUGAACGUCGCAAUUUUGUUGUUCAGGGAUACCACCGGGAUCUAUUAGUGAAGCGAGGCUUGUUGCCUGUUGCAAAUUCUAGUGGAGUCGCAGAAGUGAAGGAAAUCAAAACUAAACCAGGUGCUGUAGUUAGCAAGCCCAUGACUAAGGACCAGGUACCGUCAGAAAAUCAGAGUAGCAGCUCCAGGCAAAGGGUGAAAGAUGAAAGCCGACGUAUAGGAUUGAGGAGGCUCGCCCAUUACAUGGACAUCUGAUGCCUUGGACGAAGGAUCUCAAGAUCUACUCUUUGAUCGUAAAACAGACAUGUGAUGCUGCUUGGUCCGAGUGUUUGAUAAAACUUCCGUAAUGUAGAUACCUACAACUUUCGCUCAAGCAGGAUUAUAUGUGAGAUUGGUAGCAAGUGAAGAGACGUGCAAACGGAUUGACCUGAUGGGCACAAGGGAGGGGUGAAACUGGGUCUGAAAUGUCGAGGUGGGCUACAGUGUGAUACCAACCAAGCUACUUGAGUUGGCACAUUAUUUGUUCGAAAGAGGGGGAGAUGAACAGGCUACUACUCUUUCUGCAUGAGCACAUGGCGCGGGUUCAACGUUCCUGGUGAAGCGUGGUCAAGGCAUUUGAGUGGGUGGCACCCGCGGAUCUUUUCUGAUUCAAACGGCAAUUCCUGUUCCGGCCAUUCCGCAGAGCGGCAGAAGUGAUGGCACUCUCCUUGUAUUAUACGAUGUCAUGAUGUUUCAUCAUGGGUAAUUUAUCUACAUUUAUCCUUGAUUCUUUUUAGUAAUGUGAUAAAAAGCUUGGUAAGGAGGUGCGAACCUUAGGUUUUUUCUUGUUCAACGUUAGUUUCCAGCCAUUCAUGCAAGACGAACGAUUCAAGCAAAACAAUUUUUCCAGCAAGAUGUUCCUGUGGUUCAUAAUUGAGUUACCUAAUGGUACGUCAGUACUUUUUCACCUUG